GUUUCAUGUUGAGAACUGGACAGUCAACCAUGGCGGUCACGCCCCAGUUAGUUGUGAUUCGGGAGACACAGGUCGUUCAAAUGUCCCACAACCGCAUCUGCCCGGAAAAGGGGUUUGUGGUCGCUGUGUGGACGAGCAUGACAAGACUCAUCGAACAAUAUUUAGUGUUUGACUGACGAAAAGUGCGUGACUAUUCUAGUACGGUAUCAUACUGGACAGAGGUGGUUAUUUCGUCUCUGGGGCGGAGGAAAAAAAACAUUUAUUUCUGUUCCUGGCGGAGAAGAGAUGGAGGGAGAUGAUUCCGCUUUUCCUCAAGACUCAUUAGAUGACCUUUCACAGAGAGGAAGCGUUGCGUCUUCCGCAACACUUUCCCGUGCUCAGGAUGUACUUAUUUACCUGUUUGGGGAAAGUGCGGUACAUUUAACCCUGGAAGGACUCGGAAGUGCCAAUGUGCAGGAGUUGGGUCGUACUGUCCGGGAGGCCCUUCAUAUUCCAGAGACUACGCAGGAUGCUUUUGCCUUCUGGCUGACUUCUCCUUUGCUUGAGCUGCAGUUGAAGUCGAGGCAUCAACCAUACAAGUUGUGUCGUCAGUGGCAAGAUUUGCUCUAUCGCUUUACUGAAGCGUCACAAGAAGACAUUUCCCAAGAUGAACCUUGUCUCCAGUACCGGAGGAAUGUGUUUUAUCAGAAAUCAAAAGAGCUGCAGAUAACGGAUGAUGCAGUGUUGAGGCUUUUAUAUGAGGAAGCCAAAAACAACAUCCUCAUUGGUAGAUACCCCUGUGACCGCGAGCACUGGGCCACUCUGGGAGCACUGUCUCUUGCCCUGGAAGAAGGAGCUGGGCUGGAAGGCCAGCAAUUAACCUCUGUCAUCCGAGAGAGGAAACUGACCUCUUUUCUGCCAGAACAUGUUGUGAUGGGGAGUGGAGGACUGUUCUCCACUCUAAAAGGAAGGUCCAGUCGACAUGCAGGACUGGAGCAGAGCCUUGUUGAGGAGUACAGGAAGAUCGGCGCAUCUGCAGGAAGCUCAGCAGAGCCCGUGGACCUUCUACACCAGUACCUCAGAACUUGUCACAGUCUGCCUUAUUACGGGUGCGGCUUCUUUGAUGGUGAAAUUGAAAAACAAACACAAGGACUGCUGCAGAGGUCAAAACGCAAGGCUGUCAAUGUUGGAAUCUGCCUGGAUGGAGUUUAUGUAAUGGAUGUCAAAGAAAAGCAUGUUCUGCUCGGCCUUCAUUUCAAUGAGCUUUCGUGGGACCACAGUUACCCUGAGGAGGAGGGGGAUUCACACAUUCUGUGGCUAGAGUUUGAUGGAGAGGAGGAUGGAACUGCUGUCAACAAGUUGUUGAAGAUCUACUCUAAACAGGCUGAGCUGAUGAGUGGCUUCAUUGAGUUCUGCGUGGAGCUUUCAUCCGUUACCGAGGGUGCUGCAGCAGCUGAAGGCGGCAGCAGCAGGACCGAUUUGUCAGGACAGUGUGCUAGACAAGAUGAACACAGCAGUAACAGCCGUGGACGACGUGGCAAAUUGCGUAGACAAAGUAGUGUUGUGUGCAGUCGGGUGCAUUCACUGAAUACCAUCUGCUACGUGGACAAUGGAAAGGAAAUCAAACGAUUAAAGCCCAAAAGAGCAGCAUCAUUUUUCACCCGACAGCCUUCAGCACUGAGUUACUCUGCAGUCCAAGUGGCUGAGAGUCUGGAACAAGGCUGAACUCAGUGCUCCGCCCGAUUGCCUCCAAAGACCAAACGUGACCAUUCUACUUGGAUAAUGAGACCUGAUUCCACCUCAGUGAUUCAAAUGGACCAAGUGAGGGAAUAGUUAGGGAUGUAGUUUAUCUAUUCAAGCGUGUGUAUCAAAAGGCCGUGUCUAACAAAAGAUGAUUCAUAGCUUUGCUUAAAGAUCAAACAGGACAAACUUAGAUGAGUUCAUUGUUUUCACACAGCCUGCUACAGGAACGAGAUAUAUUAAUUGGAAUAAUACUAAUGACUUAAUAUAUUUUAAAACCUUUCUCAGCAUCAAGAAAAGUGAAAAGGAAGAGCUCUACACUACUGAACAGUCUACAUGAGACAAAGGAUUUGGUGUGUUUCUACUUUGCUGUUUCAAUAACCAGUGCCUUGUUUUGAGGGAAGUCUACUUUGUAUGCAUCAAGUCUGUCUGAAACAAAACCCACUGUUGACGAUUUUAGCUCAAUGUUGUUUAUUGAAGGCAAAGCAAACUUCGCCAUAGUUAAACGUAGCACAUUCUGGAGGCUAGUUGCAGUUCUCUUAAUUUGGUGUAAUCUUUACAAACAACAUCCUCAAAUGAACUUAAUUCUUUUCCAGGAGAUGUUUAUUUAUGCUUAGCUUUUUAUGUAAGGGAAACACAAAUUAAAGUGGGCCCGAACUUUACCAUUGUAUAAGUGGUCAGUCCAACAAUGCCCUCUCGGUAGAUUUGGUUCCAUAAGACUGGGUAAAUUGCAAAACGAAGCACAUUUUAAAGCUUCAGAAAUUGUGUGUAUAAUUCGCUAUGUGUUUAAUAUAAGCACUUUACUAAAUUCAUCUGCAUACAAUGAAAUGAAUCGAUGCCCACAAUAAGCAUGAUUAUGCAAUGGAAUGAAUGAACUGCUGCUGAAGUUGUUGUCAACCUCCCCUCCACCAUGCACCAUAUCACCAAACCAUGUUUAACCUCUUGGUGUUUUAUUUUGUGACCAGGUGUUGCUUGCUGUAGGGACAUCCAUGACAUAAAAAAAAUGACAUUUUGGGAUGCUAAUGUUUAGAUCUGUUUAAAAAUGUUUAUGCUCCGGUUCCUGUGGUGUCAGGCUCAGAAACACUUUCACGUCUUUGUCAUCAUUGGUUGAUUAAACUUAAAAGGAAACCUUUGUUUGAACAACUGAAUUCAUUCUAACCUGUUAAGCACAACUGCAUCUGCCUUCAGUCCAGAACAAGCAACCUGUGAAAUGUUCUUGGUGAUAACCAUUGCAAUGAUCAUGGUAUGUACUGGUCUAUGCUGACUAUGCAUGUCCCAUUGUAAAAUAGCAUUCCAACAUGUUAAAAUCAUGCACUAUCAAGCCACAAACUCCUUUGUGUCACUAACUUUUGAAAUAAUCGGUGGAUGUUACAGAAUGCCUGCUUUGUACCGUCAAAUGAUGCGUGUCUUUCUCAGAGUGCAUGUCAAAAGGUCAUUCAUGGUGGAACACACUGCUAAGUGCCUGUAUGUAAGGUUUGCAUCAGAAAAAUGUAUUUGCCACUGUAAACUUUAGAAGACAUAUUUAAUAUUAUGGUUCAAAUAAAUGUUUUUUGUAUUGUGUUUUAAGAA